AUGAAGAAACUGCAGGACUCUGCAGACUCAACUCAGCAGCAUUCUGAGCAGGGCUCAGGGUCAUACACCACUGUAUUGACUGGGGGAGGGGGCGGUGUCGCGACAGCAGCAGGGGGGGCAGAGGAUGAAACAGACAUGGACAAACUGAUCAGCAGAAGGGAUGACAUCUCACUGCAAGGCAUGGUGACUACCGCUGCAGCUGCAAAAGAAGCAGGAGAAGAAGAAGAUAUGACAAUAAGAGCAGUGCUCCUGUGGCUCAUUGAUGCUGCUGUCUCUGUCUUCAAUCUGGCUUUCUUAGCAGCCACGGAGGCCGCUGCCGCAUCACAAAGAUGUUUACUCACUAGAAAAUAUCAGAAUAAGUCCUCUACUGUUCUUUAA